AUGAGAGCUCCCUCACCCAAGUGUGAGAAACCAAACCAGAAAGACAAAACUGAAGAUAACAAGCUACAUCAUAUUCAAGACUACCAACCACCAAAGAAGCAUGAAGUUCACCUAGACUUUAUGACUCUGAAAGUUUAUCCUGACUCUUUGACUUUUGACAAUAUGCUCAGAGAUAUUUAUCAAGGCCAACCACCUAACAGGGAAACAUUAAUGGAGAUCUUCCAAAUUUACAUUCUCUCGAGUCUAAAGAUGUUUGGUUGGCACAGUGCUUGGACCAAUUACUGCAAUCAGGAGAACGACCAUUGUAUCUUCCCUUGGAGGCCCCAUAGACUGAAGUCUGCCUCCCAGCCUCAAACAAACCUCAGGAAGCAAAUUUUGGCAGUCUGCUACUCUGUUACUUUACUCACUUUGUACAUUCCAGAAACCAACUUCCGUAAUCCAUCUCAGUGGGCCAAAAUGGACAACGCAAAGACUGAGGAUUUGGUGAUCAAGCUUGAGGAAUCUUUGGGCUUUUCAAGUUUGGAAAGUGGUCCAAAACUGAUUGGGGCAAUCAUUGCCGACAAGCGGUGGCCAAGCAACUUGGCAAUUGAGGAGGCUCCUACACACAUGGUGGCGUACUGGAUUCAAGCUCAUGGGAUUCCUCUGAACCUUAUGUCAACAGGAAAUGCAAUGGAGAUUGGAGAGAAGCUUGGAACUGUUCUGGAGGUGGAGGACCCAUGGAACAAAGGCCCAAGAGGCUUCCUGAGAAUACAUACAUUGAUUGACACCACAAACCCCUUGGCUGUGGGCUUUUGGCUUCCGAGACCGGAAGGACUAGAUACGUGGGCAAAGCUAAAGUAUGAAAAGUUGUCUAAUUUCUGCUUUGAUUGUGGUAGGCUGGGUCAUACAAAAAAUGGAUGCAAGUUCAAUAUGGACAAGAAUGAGGAUGGUGAGUCUGCUGCUUUUGGGGAUUGGAUGAAAGCUCGUGCCGUUCAUGAAAGACGUAACCAGGUCAGCCUCAAUGUUCCUAUAGGUGUUCGCCGCCGAGCAGGGCAGAUAUGUGUGAUGAACUCAGGCACUAGAGCGGCGCGUGUGGCCCAGAGAAGUGGAGAAAAUGAGAUUGUUGCAGGGAACAACAACGGGUCUUGGCACACUGACCAAAGCACACCUAGAGCCGAACAAUGGUCACAAUCAGAAGGAACAAAGAGUUUAAUGUUAGGAAGGCAAACGACUAGUUCCCCUCUUAGUUACAAGACAGAUGGGAACAUGCAAAAAAGAGAUGGGAAUGGAUAG